GAAGUUCACUCCGAUCAGCUGAUCCCAACUGACAACAGGAGAGGAGGAAGCCCGGGAGGCAACGAAGGAGGAGGGGGGCGUAGGUGGAGAUGAGGAUGGACCCACCGGUGCCCUGAGGAAUAGCCCCCGCCCCACCGGCGCCCCGCGGCACCCCGACGCCGCCUCGUCGCUGCCGAGCUGCUCAGUGGUAUCCCCUGAAAUAUUGACUUGAGGUUGAAAUAUAUUGAAAAGUCCCUGACCACUUUCUUUCGUUACCAAAACUUUGUGGCUGAGGCCCAACAGAUGAACCCACCUCUGUGAACCCAUCAGACCUCUCUCAGAUAACCAUAAAAGACCUUUUCAAGAUAACUUUGACCACAUAUUUGCCUGCACUUUAUAGAAGAUGAAACCAUCAGACCAAAUCGACGUUGCUGCUGACACCAGAGCCUUGGAGGCAGAAAAUUAAAAAUUUGAGUAUUUGUAACUGUGUAAAGAAUUACAAUACGACACUGAAGAUUUUCUUUUUGAAGGUGUCCAGAACCCUGUGGAAGUUCUGUGCAGGCUUCAGACUCAAAGCCUUUGUCUUCACUGCUAGGGAAAGCUCAGUGACUGUUAUAUGGUGGGUGUGUUUCCUUGCCAAUCUGAUUAUGAGUGCCCAGACUUUUCCAGCAGAGAAGGGCCUGAAUCCGGGGCUGAUGUGCCAGGAAAGUUAUGCCUGCAGCGGGACUGAUGAAGCUGUCUUUGAGUGUGAUGAGUGCUGCAGCCUGCAGUGCCUUCGCUGCGAGGAGGAGCUCCAUCGGCAGGAGCGCCUGCGAAACCAUGAACGGAUAAGACUCAAACCUGGUCAUGUCCCUUACUGUGAUCCUUGCAAGGGCCCCAAUGGGCAUUUGCUGGGUGUUAGGCAGAGGGCAGCUGUGAGGUGCCAGACCUGCAAAAUCAACUUGUGCCUGGAAUGCCAGAAGAGGACUCAUUCUGGGGGUAACAAAAGGAGACACCCUGUUACUGUCUACCAUGUCAGUAAGGUCCACGAGUUGCUGGAGGCAGAAGAGAUGGAUGAGGAGACCAAGAGGAAGAAGAUGACUGAGAAGGUUGUGAGUUUUCUUCUAGUAGAUGAAAAUGAAGAAAUUCAGGUAACAAAUGAAGAGGACUUUAUUAGGAAAUUGGAUUGCAAACCUGAUCAGCAUCUGAAAGUGGUUUCCAUUUUUGGAAAUACAGGUGAUGGAAAGUCUCAUACCCUUAACCACACUUUCUUUUAUGGCCGUGAAGUCUUUAAAACCUCCCCUGCCCAGGAGUCGUGCACCGUGGGAGUGUGGGCAGCCUAUGACCCAGUCCACAAGGUAGCAGUGAUAGACACGGAAGGGCUCUUGGGGGCUACGGUGAAUCUAAGCCAGAGAACACGGCUGCUACUUAAGGUCCUGGCCAUCUCAGACCUCGUCAUCUAUCGAACUCAUGCAGACCGGCUGCAUAAUGACCUCUUCAAAUUCCUUGGGGACGCCUCAGAAGCUUAUCUGAAGCACUUCACCAAGGAGCUCAAGGCUACCACUGCCCGCUGUGGCCUGGAUGUCCCCUUAUCCACCCUGGGCCCUGCAGUUAUCAUUUUCCAUGAGACUGUGCACACUCAACUACUGGGCUCUGAUCACCCCUCAGAGGUGCCAGAGAAGCUCAUCCAGGACCGGUUCCGGAAGCUGGGCCGGUUCCCUGAAGCCUUUAGUUCCAUUAGCUACAAGGGAACAAGGACCUACAAUCCUCCCACAGACUUCUCUGGGCUUCGGCGUGCUUUGGAGCAGCAACUAGAGAACAACACCACCCGUUCUCCCCGGCACCCGGGGGUCAUCUUCAAAGCCCUGAAGGCAUUGAGCGACCGCUUCAGCGGUGAGAUCCCUGAUGACCAGAUGGCGCACAGCUCCUUUUUUCCAGAUGAGUACUUCACCUGCUCCUCCUUGUGCCUCAGCUGUGGGGUUGGAUGUAAGAAUAGCAUGAAUCAUGGGAAGGAAGGAGUGCCUCAUGAAGCCAAGAGCCGCUGCAGAUACUCCCACCAGUAUGACAACCGAGUGUACACCUGCAAGGCCUGCUAUGAGAGGGGCAAGGAAGUCAGCGUAGUGCCCAAAACGUCUGCUUCCACCGACUCUCCCUGGAUGGGUCUCGCAAAGUAUGCCUGGUCUGGGUAUGUGAUCGAAUGUCCUAACUGUGGCGUGAUCUAUCGUAGCCGGCAGUACUGGUUUGGGAACCAAGAUCCUGUGGAUACAGUGGUGCGGACAGAGAUUGUGCAUGUGUGGCCUGGAACUGAUGGAUUCCUGAAGGACAACAGCAAUGCCGCCCAGCGCCUGUUGGACGGGAUGAACUUCAUGGCUCAGUCGGUGUCUGAGCUUAGUCUGGGGCCCACCAAGGCUGUGACUUCCUGGCUGACAGACCAGAUCGCCCCUGCCUACUGGAGGCCCAACUCCCAGAUCCUGAGCUGCAACAAGUGUGCGACAUCCUUUAAAGAUAACGACACUAAGCAUCACUGCCGGGCCUGUGGGGAGGGCUUCUGCGACAGCUGUUCAUCCAAGACCCGGCCAGUGCCCGAGCGGGGCUGGGGCCCUGCACCUGUGCGGGUGUGUGACAACUGCUACGAUGCCAGGAAUGUCCAGUUAGAUGUUAUUGAAGCUCAGGCGGACGAUGAAGGUGGAACACUGAUUGCUCGGAAGGUGGGCGAGGCUGUGCAGAACACCUUGGGAGCUGUGGUGACAGCUAUUGACAUACCACUAGGUCUGGUCAAGGAUGCAGCCAGGCCGGCCUACUGGGUGCCUGACCAUGAGAUCCUGCACUGCCACAACUGCCGCAAGGAGUUCAGCGUCAAGCUGUCCAAGCACCACUGCAGGGCCUGUGGACAGGGAUUCUGUGAUGAGUGCUCUCAUGACCGGCGGGCUGUCCCCUCUCGUGGCUGGGACCAUCCUGUCCGAGUCUGCUUCAACUGCAAUAAAAAGCCCGGUGACCUUUAACCCCAGCUCCCUCUCCGAGUCCCUCACAAUUCCUUAGGUUCUCAGGGUUAGAAGCCGAAGUCUUGUUGAGGUAGGGCCUUCUCCCGGUCACCUCUUGCGGUGUUUGUCCUCUCCUCUCCUCAUCCUGGGGCCACUUUCCCUCAGUGGGGGCCGAGCCUGGUGGCAGGCCUGAAGGCAAGAACCCCUCAGGGCAGGGGACCGAGCAGCUCAUGGUAAAGGGGAAUGAACCUGAAUCCGUUGCAUUUAUUUCAUUUAAAAAUAAUAAAUAUAUAUAUGUGUGUGUAUGUAUACAUAUAUAUAUAUAUAUAUAUAUAUAUAUCUCCAUAUGGACAUAUGAAAGGAACUUGGAGUGUAUUGAGGCUGUGGCUGGCUGCAGAGACUUACCACAGUCUGUCCCCAGCGCAGGGAGGAGGUGGCAGUGGCCAUAGGUCUUCCCCACAAAGCCGAGCCCAGCCCAAAGCCACUGUGUCGCGGGUCACCUGCUGCUGCUUCUCGCCCCGUCCUGGAAGCCUCUCCUUCCCUGGCUUGCCCCGCCGCGCCUCCGAGUUGCCUGGGGAAGCCGCCUCCAGGUGCGUGUGCUCAGAGCAGCCGAAGGCCAAUUCUGCCUGCGCCCUCCGGGGAUCCAAUCCCAGUUCUUGGCUUAAGCGUGUUUUAGUCAGAGACCACCCAACUCAGCGUGCAGGUCACCAGAGUGGGUGGAGGCUCAGAGGUCGGUGUUCAGCCCUGAGAAGUCAAAAUGCAGGCACUGGGGGGGUGUCCCUCGUACUAGGGAGAGCACAGAAGGAAACGGGCCUUCCCUGGCAGCGUUUCCUGCGUGCUGACACUUCUGGCUGUCUCCACUGGGCUUUCCUAAAAGGCCGCACUUGGCUCCUAAGUCCGAGCACCUGCCGUGUUCCCCACCUCAACCCCCCAUGCCCCCACCCCUGCCUGCUCAAGUCCAUGAUUUGCUUCUGAGUGUCGCACUAGGAUUUUUUAUUGCUUAUUUUAAAGUGUCUUAAUUCUUUGUUCCCAGACAUGCCACCUCUCUAGCUAUUGGAGGGCAGGUAUUGUGAGAAACCUUCCAGGGAAACAGCACAGAAUGGACUGCUAGUUUUUUUUUUUUUAAGGUAUAUAUAUAUAUAAAUAUUUCAACAAAUCAUAAAGAAAUUCUAUCUCUUCGAUCCUUACAAAAGAAGUCAAAUGAACUUUUUUUAUCAAGAGCUGGGACAUCUACAUAUCUAUCUGGACUGGAAAGAGACUGUUGUGCUAAAAUCCUGUCAUCAUGGUGGAUUUUAUCUUCAAUGGCCAAAAAUGAAGAAUUGAAGCAACAUAGUUCUUGACUGAACCGGUGGGUGGGUUGAGCUUCAGGGAGGUACAUGGGCGGUCGUUCCUGGCAUGAGUAUCAGUGUGACAUGAGCCCUGGAGGAUGCCGGUCCUUCUCAGACCUGUCCCUUACUGCCUCCUGUGGCCCAGUGACUGAGGCCCUACCCUAGAACUGUGUAUUAUCAAAUUUGCCAUUAUAAAGCAAUCUUCCUGUGGAA